CUGGCUUAGGCGGCUGCUGUGGGCGGGCCCUGGCCUUUUCCAGCCCCUGCCUCCCCCUGCAUUCUGGAGUCCAGAGCCACUGCCUUUGCUCCAGCCGCUGCCGCCGCACCACCUCUCCUUCUCUGCCUCUGACCCUCCUUCUCGCUGCUCCCCCUGCCCAGCUGCUCCUCCCACCUGGCCAUGACCAAAGCCCCUGCUGGCACCCUGGCCCAGCUCUGAGUCCUGGGACCCUCGGUCCUCUCUCCUGGGCCAUGGCCAACUCAGGCCUCCAGCUCCUGGGCUACUUCUUGGCCCUGGGUGGCUGGGUGGGCAUCAUUGCUAGCACAGCCCUGCCGCAGUGGAAGCAGUCUUCCUACGCAGGCGACGCCAUCAUCACUGCCGUGGGCCUCUAUGAAGGGCUCUGGAUGUCCUGCGCCUCCCAGAGCACUGGGCAAGUGCAGUGCAAGCUCUACGACUCGCUGCUCGCCCUGGACGGUCACAUCCAAUCAGCGCGGGCCCUGAUGGUGGUGGCCGUGCUCCUGGGCUUCGUGGCCAUGGUCCUCAGCGUAGUUGGCAUGAAGUGUACACGGGUGGGAGACAGCAACCCCAUUGCCAAGGGCCGUGUCGCCAUCGCCGGGGGAGCCCUCUUCAUCCUGGCAGGUAUGAAUUUGGCCCAGCCCUGUUCGUGGGCUGGGCAUCAGCUGGCCUGGCCGUGCUGGGCGGCUCCUUCCUCUGCUGCACAUGCCCGGAGCCAGAGAGACCCAACAGCAGCCCACAGCCCUAUCGGCCUGGACCCUCUGCUGCUGCCCGAGAGUACGUCUGAGCUCCGCCUGCCCUGGCCAGCCCCCAACCCAGUGGCCCCCUUGCCCAGCAUCCAGCCAGCCUCGCAGCACCCUGGGCAGGGCCACUGGGGCAUAGGAUGGGCAUAGGUGCUCUGAGCAGCUUGUCCUCAACACAAGCACCCACCCUGCAAUCUGAGACCCAGAUCCUCAGAGAGACACCAGAGGCAGGACCCAGCCCCCAGGCAUACACACAGAUGCAGGUCCAGGCACGGUCUUGUCUGCACAGCCUGGUGGGCACCAGCAUGCAUCCCUGGAGACAGGCCCUCAGGCACCAGCCCGGCUGUUUACUCACUGAAGAGCUGCGUGGGUGUCUGCUACGUGCUGGGCCCUAGAGAUACAGCAGUGGCCAAGAUGUACCUUAGUACCCAGGUCCUUGGGUUGAGCAGAAACCUUCACCCUCCCCAGUCCCAUGGGCUCCUCACAGCAACCCCACAAGGGCAGUGCCGGGAUGCUGAACGUUCACACAAGGACAGGGAGGGUCUGAGUUUAGGUCUCAGGUUCUUCCAGUGCGCCCAGGGCUGGGGGCCACCUACACAGAUGGUGAGGUCGGACCAUGGCGCCCCUGCCCCCGGGAAUGGGCCCCAGGCAGGGCUGCUGUGAGGGCCAAGGUCUGGCCACGCUGGCCAGUACCCAUAUCCGGGCCUGAAUGCACAGCCCCUGCCCCCGACCCCAUAGCUCACUCCACUAACCAGCUCUCUCUCUUUUGACUUUCAGACCAGUUGUUAAAUUGCCCGCCUCCGCCAAGGGCCCCCUGGGUGUGUAAUGUCCAGUCCCCAGCCAGGCUCUGUCCCCUGCCAUACCUAGACUGUGUGUUUCAUAUUUUUUGGAAAGAGAAGUGAACAUCCAGCCCCAAUCAUGGUAUCAUUCGGUCUGUCCUCAGCAUGGUUUGGACGGGGCCUGGGUCAGAGUGGUCAGUGCUGCUUGGGCAGAAAGAUGAGGAGACAGAGGUCCAGGGUGGGUUACAUAGCACAUCCAGGGCUGAGCAAGAAAUAAUUCAGAGGUCCUACCCUCUGUCUAGGGACCCCUCUCCCAAGCCUGGCCUUGGCCUUGGCACAAAGUCGUCCUUGAUAGGAGAUCCCACUCACUCCUGGAGGCUGCCCCUGAGGCUUGGCCCAGCUCUAGGAGCAGUCCCCAGGGUCAGGGAGCCCCUGGUGUGGAAAGAGGCCCCAAGGUAGUAAACCCUGCCCCUGUUACUGUGCUCCAGAGACCUCCUAAGGGAAGGGACAGUUCCUGGAAGGCCCUCCAGCUGGAUGCUGGGGAUCAGCGAUAGGUGAAGGGACACAGUGUAGGAGCUCCCCAUGUAGAAAAGGGAAUGUGGGGAGGGCGUUAGGAGCUUGCAGGCAUUAGGACUGUCCUGAGCAAGGUCUGCAGCCCCCAGCUCUGCUCACCCCGAAUCCUGCCCCUUGUUUCCACACCUACCAUUCCUCGUCUCCUGAUCCCCAGCAUCCAGCUGAGGUCCAAGGUCUUUGUCCUAGAAUCAGAGUGGGGAGGGGACAGCCUGAGGCUGCCCAGAGACUGUGGGUGGAGCUGCCUGCUGCACUCAGCAGUGCGGUCAGAGAAGGGCUUUUGGUCUUGAAGUCCAGGUACCAUCCCCCCUUAGCAUACAGGGGGAAGGGCCUGAGAGGAAUGUAAGGAAACCAGCCCAGAUCAGUCCCAAGGCCACAGUCCUUUGUCCUACAUCUCCCUGAACCAGAGUGUGCCCUGCCCCUCAUGCUCAGACCUCUCCCACCUCAAACCCUCUCCCGGGACUCAGUCUCCCUGGCCACUGCAUAUCAGGCUUCUGGGGAAAGCAUCCAUCACAGAACCUCCCCUUCCCUGCCAUGCACCUUCCUUGGCCAGCUCCAUUCUGGCUUCCUCCACCACCUGCCUUGUGACCACAUCUCCCACCACGUCCCCAGAUCUCAAGAACGCAGCUCAGCUUCUCCUUCGAGCUUGACUCUGAGAGGGAAAGUGAUGGAAACCAAGUCAGAUGAGAUGACUGCCAUGUACACUGCAGUCAAGGGCAGGGAGGGGAGGAAUGACACAAAUGGCAGGGAGCUGCUGGGGGACUGACCCCUCGGCGCCUGGCCUGGCCGGUGCUGCACAUCCACCGGGGCACAACAGGGACUUGUCCAGCCUCUGGUCAGAGGAUGCGGCCACCUGACCCUAAAUAGGUUCCCCAGAGUCCUGCCCCUCUAAUGAAUGAGAACUGAAGGAGUUUCUCCUCUGGGUGCCUGAAGCUAUAGUGCAAUGGUUCCCAACCCUGCGUGCACAUUCGAAUCACCUGGGGGCACGAUGCCUAGGCUCCAACCCCAGACACUCUUAUUUCAUUGGUCUGGGUGGACCUGGCAUCAGAAGUCAUGUAGCUCCUCAGGGGACUGUAGUGUGUGGUCAGCACUGAGGGCUCCUCUAUGAGGCCUCAAGCCCAGGUGACUCUGUGAGGUCUGCAGAGGGAGAAAAGAACCCACAAGAAAAGAGGUGGAGGUCAGGCACGGUGGCUCACGCUUGUAAUCCCAGCACUUUGGGAGGCCGAGGUGGGUAGAUACCUGAAGUCAGGAGUUCGAGACUAGCCUGGCCAAUAUGGUGAAACCCCGUGUCUAUUAAAAAUACAAAAAUUAGCUGGCUGUGGUGGUGGGCACCUGUAAUCCCAGCUACUCGGGAGGCUGAGGCAGGAGAAUCGCUUGAACUCGGGAGGUGGAGGUUGCAGUGAGCCAAGAUCGUGCCACUGCACACCAUCCUGGAUGACAGAGCAAGACUCCAUCUCAAAAAAAAAAAAAAAAAAAAAAGAAAAGAAAGAAAAGAAAAGAGGUGGGUAGCCGGGCGUGGCGGCUCAUGCCUGUAAUCCCAACACUUUGGGAGGCUGAGGUGGGUGGGUCACAAGGUCAGGAGUUCGAGACCAGCCUGGCCAACAUGGUGAAACCCUGUCUCUAUUUUAAAAAAAUACAAAAAUUAGCCGGCUGUGGUGGUGGGCACCUGUAAUCCCAGCUACUCGGGAGGCUGAGGCAGGAGAAUUGCUUGAACUCAGGAGGCGGAAGCUGCAGUGAGCCAAGAUUGUGCCACUGCACUCCAGCCUGGGCAACAGAGCAAGACUCCAUCUCAAAAAAGAAAGAAAGAAAAGAAAAGAAGUGGGGAGAGGAAGCCCCACUCACUCCUGCCUUUCCCAAUACCAGGCUGUUCUGUGACAUGCCCACAUCUUCCCAAUCAAUUCCCCUUUUGGCUGAAAAAACGUUGAGUUUGAAUCCUGUCCCACACAGCCAGAAGAGCCCUACCUAACAGGAUUUGGAACCUGGAAACUCAGCACAGCCUUGCGGAAUCCUGUUAUAUGGUGCCAGUGGAGCAGGGAUGGGAUCAUCCUCCUAUUCUAGGCUGGGUGUUGGGCAAUCCUUGCUAUUUGGUCAUGAAGCAGCUGGCCAGGAAACCACACGUCAUUCUCUCUUGAGAUUCAGGGUCCAAUGGAGAAUGCGAGGAUAGAGUGUGCUGGCUACUUCUUGUGGGUUUCAGGGAUAGGCUGCAAGACAGACAAGAUACAUGCAAGUGGCGGGGGGCGGCAGGAGCGCUGGAGGGGGUGCCUGAUGGCAGAGUGGGAACAAGCUUCAGUCUGUUCCUUUGUUAGGGGAAGCCCUUUCUGCCUAUAGCCAGGGAUUAAAGAUGCAGAGGGUCAGAGAACCACACGUCUCGCUGAACUAAACAACCAAUUAAUACACUGAUUUAAAAUAGUGAGAUCCUGGCAAUGAGAAGAUAUCUGGGAAAGAACCAGAGGAAUUUGAAGCUAAAAGACUGAGAUGCCUGUUCCCACAGGCUUCUCCUGAAGCAAACCCACUCAUAUAUCUCCAACAAGGCCACCUGGGCUGCCAACCGGAGGCAGGGCUGAUAAUCUGGGCGUCAUGUCCAGGUUGUUGUUUACUGUCCUAGCCUUAAGGCUAAAGGACUGGGGAGAGACCCAGGAAGGUAGGGCUCAGACUCAAAAGGCGUGAUUCUAAGGCUUUUGCCUUAUUCUAAAGCAUUGUGUAUUAUUAAACAGAGUCGUCCUGUUCCCCGCCCCCCAGAAGGAAAUUGGCAGGCCAUAAAAUAUGAUUGUAGGAGGAAUACACCCAUGUACUCAGCCCCAGGGCCAAGGAGCACAGAAACAGAAGAUGUUCAGCAAAAAGGAGUGAACCUGAGCCCCUGGAGAAGCUGAUCAGGAAAAUCAGCUAUUGCUUGGGAAGAGGCUCAAAAACUGUGCAGCUGAGAAUAGAGCGUAUGGACUGACUAUUAGAUUAUCAAGGAGUUAUUGUUAAUUUUGUGUUACAAAUAUUGUUAGUUUUGUGUGAUAAUGAUACUUUUUUUUGUUUCUUAUUAUUCUUAUCUGGUAGAAGUGCAUGCUGAAAUGAUAUAAUGGUUGCAUUUGCUUUCAAAUAACAAAGAAAAAGUUCAGAGGCAGCGAAAGUUAUAAAAUAAGAUGGGUGAAC